AUGCACGGGUCGUCUCAUAACCUGCGGGGAAACCUGGCUGAACAACCAAAUAAUAUUGACAGGUUGAAACGCAUGAUCAACCGGAGAGAAAAUGAACUUGUGGAUCUUCAAAACACACUCACAUCCGAUCAGGAUGAGAUUAACAGAGAGGAAACAGAGAUUGGGGAGGUGUUUGCUCCUCUAGAGGAAAGAAGAAGGAGUCUGGAGGAGAAGAUGGAAGAGAAGACAAAGAAGAUACAGGAGGACCUCAAAGAGUAUAAAAACAUCAUUAACCAUCUAAGUCAAACUCAGAAUGAAGAAGACGACUUCCUCUUUCUCCAGUCGUAUCCAUCUGUGCCUGCUGAAUUCAGAGAUGAUCGGAGAGUUUCUAUUGACACUGAACUAAACUUUGGCUCCAUGAGAAACAUAACAACAUCUGUUUUGACUUCUAUGAGGACUCAGCUGGAGAAUCUUAGCUCUUUUGUAAAUAACAGAAUUACAGAAUUUUCAGUGGAUGUGACUCUGGAUGAAGAAACCGCACAUCCAGCUCUGCAAGUGUCUCAAGAUGGCAAAUCUGUUAGAGUCAAUGGAAAUAUUCAAAACAGUCCGAGAAGCCCCAUGCAAUUUGACCUGGUGGCUGGCGUACUUGGGAAUCUUCAGAUCACGUCUGGAAAAGCAUUCUGGUUAGUGGAGGUGGGACAACAAACGGGCUGGAAACUGGGUGUAGUGAGAGAAAAUGCAAACAGGAAAGGAAAAGUCUCCUACAAACCCAGUGAGGGUUACUGGACCAUUGUGUUCUGUGAUCCAAACACGUAUGGGGCUUUUGAAGAAAAUCCCAUUCAUCUACAUCUCUCCACCAAACCUAAGAAGGUGGGAGUGUUUGUCGACUAUGAGAGCGAUCUCAUCUCCUUCUACAAUAUGAACGAUCUGUUACACAUUUACACAUUCACUCAGUGUAGAUUCAAUGGAACCAUUCGUCCAUAUUUUAAUCCUCAAGUCAACACAAAUGUCAAUCAUUCAGAUCCAAUGAUCAUUUCUUCUGUUAAUCCAACUGAUAUGUGAGAGGUGUAACAUAUACAGUAAAUACAUCAAUUAUUUUAUAUCAUAUCAUAUAUAAUGCUAAACAGGGUUUUGUCUAUUUUUAUUUUAAAAUAACCUUUUCUCUUUCUACUAAAAAUGUUAUAUUAAUAAACUCUAUAGAAACAAUAGGACAGAUUUGUAUGUAAUAUAGUAUAAUAAUAGCUUGUGACUAUUAGAAUUGUAUAAGGCCUGUGGUGUUUUCCAGAAAACAGGGUUAACUUAGGGGAGAGCAGGGGCGAAAGUAAACAUUUUCAGAAAAACGUCAUUUUGAAAGCUAAUGUUUUAGACAGGGAUAUAUUUUUGCUGUGGUCAAUAACUCACAAGUGUUGUCUAUCAAUACCAGGUGGGAAUUUUAAGAAAUGAAAAACGACUUUGUAGGGGUUGUUUUCACAGGGGGUUUCCAGUAAAAGUGGUCUUCUUAUUGGUCAGUUUAAAUGUAUGAUGUUGGGCUUAGUCACAUGGUCAAGGAUAAAAUAAUAUGUUUGGGGGUCCUCUUGCUCUUCUUCUUCUUUGGACUGGUCUCCAUGGGCUCUGCUCUUGGAUUCUCUAUGCUUUUCUUCUGUACCUAAGCUCUGGGGUUCAGGCCAUUAGGCCUAGAUUCUAGUUUUCAAUUGUGACUCUUUUUUUACACUUUCUUUCUUUCUCUGUUCUCUAUACUAUCAGAUAAUAUUGAAAACAGUU